AUGAGUAGCGAGCCGAUUUCUUCAAACUUCGAACAGUUCCAGGACUUGACGGACAAACGCCUGUUGGUAGACCCGACGGAAGAGGUCCUCAAUGGCUACAUUUACAAAUUGAAAUCUGAAUUGUACGGACGAGGCGAAACGCUUGUUUCUAUCGGAAUUGGAACUGAGGAUGAUGAUGCAGAAGGUCUUCCCAAAGACGAAGCUGACAAAGCAGAGACAAAUCUCACCAAAAUCUCGGAAGAAAUUAACUGCAAGCUUUCCCUCCUAAGAACGAAAACACUCCAGAACGGACGCGAGGUGCGCGAUUUUCUUCUUCGAAAAAGACUGGAGGAUGAAUCCGAUUUUUGUGAAGUGCGUGUUGCAGUUGUUGGAAAUGUCGACGCUGGAAAAUCGACCUUACUUGGUGUACUAACUCACAAUUGUCUGGACAACGGAAGAGGUGCCGCGCGGCAGAAAUUAUUUCGCCAUAAGCACGAAAUAGAAUCGGGAAGAACUUCCUCCGUCGGUAACGAGAUUCUGGGGUUCGAUUCCGAUGGAAAAGUAGUGAAUACUCCCUCGCAUGGAUCAACUCUCGACUGGACAGACAUUUGCAGUAAGAGCUCAAAAGUACUGACCUUUGUAGAUUUGGCCGGCCAUGAGAAGUAUCUGAAAACAACUGUCUUCGGCUUGACAGGACAUUUGCCCGAUUUCUGUUUGAUCGUGGUCGGCUCAAAUGCCGGUUUCAUUGGAAUGGCUAAAGAGCAUCUCGGUCUUGCCUUGGCGCUCAACUUGCCAGUCAUGUGCGUUGUCACGAAGAUCGACAUGUGUCCUCCUAAUGUUUUGAAGGAAACAUUGUCUGUCCUCGCCAAGCUUCUUAAGUCUAGUGGCGUGAAGAAGAUUCCCCUCCUUGUGCAAGAGCACAAACAUGCUGUUAUUGCUGCUCAAAACUUUUGCUCUGAAAGAGUCGCGCCUAUCUUUAAAGUCAGCUCCGUAACUGGCGACGGACUUGACAAUCUCAAAGUAUUUUUUAAUUUGCUCCAACCGCGCAUACCAACUGGAAAGAAAACUGACAAGGCAGAAUUCUCCGUCGAUGACGUCUUCUCUGUGCCUGGAGUAGGAACCGUUGCGUCAGGCACUCUACUUUCUGGAAUCGUCACAGCUGGACAAACGCUUCAGAUGGGACCGGACUCGAAUGGCAAAUUCGAACAUGUUGUUAUAAAGUCUAUCCAUCGAAAACGGCUGCCAGUAACAGAAGUUUGCGCCGGCCAGGCAGCAGCCUUUGCGCUCAAGAAAGUAAAACGCAAGGAUCUGCGAAAGGGAACUGUUCUCUUGGGGCUUGACGAGCAAUCGCCAAAAGCAGUUUGGGAGUUUAAAGGGGAAGUCGUUAUCUUGCAUCAUCCCACGACAAUAAUGACCAAUUACCAAGCGAUGGUUCACGUUGGAGCUGUACGUCAAACUGCCCAAAUUACUUCAAUGUCGACUGAAGCGCUUAGAACAGGCGACAAAGCAAUGGUGCACUUCCGCUUCGUUAAAAACCCAGAGUGGCUGGUUCCUGAAAGAAGAUUCGUUUUCAGAGAAGGUCGAACCAAAGCGGUUGGAACUGUUAAAGAGCUGAUAAUCGGCCCAGCCCCGAUAAAUCUCAAUCGCCAUAAAGCCCGAAAACUGCCGUCGCAACCAGCUGCCAGCGGAGACUCGAAUCGCACCAAACGUAAACUGGCAUAUUCCAAGAAGAAAUAG